AUGAAAUCCAACGCAUACAAGCGCCCGGCCUUCUACGCCUCAAUCGCUUGGGCCCUUGCUCUACUCUUUUCCACCCCUCAAUUUGCUCUUUUCACCAAAAGCGACGGCGAUUGUGUUGGGGCCUAUACUAGCCCUUACCAGUAUGCCAUCUAUGUUGUGGUUUUCAACUCGGUAGUUUGGCUUCUGCCCAGUGCUUUAGCUGGAUAUCUAUAUUAUCGCGUAUGCAAAGCCGUUUGGCAGAGCACAUCGUUUGGAAGCAAUUUUCAAACAAAUGGGAAAACAGGGCAAAUGGCGUUUUCUUCAGCUGGUAUGCAAGUGCACCACAAAGGUAGCUCAUUGCUAUUUUUAGAAUUUCAGUUUUAAUU